AUGGCGAGGCAAGGUGUUGCCUCCAUUUUCGCUCUGGCAUUGCUCCUUGGAACCUUCGUCUCCAUCCCCAAAAGCGUGGAAUCCAUCGGGGUGUGCUACGGCAUGAGCGCCAACAACCUGCCGCCGCCGAGCACCGUGGUCAACAUGUUCAAAUCCAAUGGGAUAUCCUCGAUUCGUCUGUAUGCGCCAGACCAUGCCGCACUUGACGCCCUGGCUGGCACGGGCAUCAACGUCGUCGUCGGGGCGCCCAACGACGUGCUGCCCACGCUAGCCGCCAGCCCGGCCGCGGCCGCCGCAUGGGUCAGGGACAACAUCCAGGCGCACCCCGCGGUCUCCUUCCGCUACGUCGUCGUGGGCAACGAGGUCGCCGGUGGGCUCACAUGGAACCUCGGCCCGGCCAUGGACAACAUGCACGGCGCGCUCGCCGCCAUGGGCCUGGGCCACAUCAUGGUGACCACGUCGGUGUCGCAGGCCAUCCUGGGCGUGUACAGCCCUCCCUCCGCGGGCAAGUUCACCACGGAGGCGGACUACUUCAUGCGCUACGUGAUCCCGAUCCUGGCCCGCACGGGCGCGCCGCUCAUGGCCAACAUCUACCCGUACCUGGCCUGGGCAUGGAACCCGAGCGCCAUGGACAUGAACUACGCGCUCUUCACCGCUCCCGGGACCGUCGUCCAGGACGGCGGCUACGGGUACCAGAACUUGUUCGACACCACGGUGGACGCGUUCUACGCGGCCAUGGCCAGGUACGAGGGCGGGUGGGGCGUGAAGCUCGUGGUGUCCGAGAGCGGGUGGCCCUCGGCAGGCGGCGUGGCGGCGUCGCCGGAGAACGCGAGGAUCUACAACCAGAACCUCAUCAGCCACGUCGGCCACGGCACGCCGCGCCACCCGGGCGCCAUCGAGACGUACAUCUUCUCCAUGUUCAACGAGGACCAGAAGGAGGAAGGCGUGGAGCAGCACUGGGGCCUCUUCUACCCCAACGCCCAGCCCGUCUACUCCAUCAGCUUCUGGUAG